GUUACUGUAAUGCCUAGUGCAGUGCAAGUACAUAAAUUUCCUAAAACAGGGAUUAUCGUCUUUUCUACGUAUCUCAACCUUUUGCACUUUUCCAUCUCCUCAACAGCGUCAUGGCAGCGGAAGCCGCAGGUGUGUAUCCAGCUCUGGAGGACCGUCCUGUAAAGGACACAAUCUGCCUUUUCGAUGUCGACGGUACAUUGACUCCUGCGAGAAGGACUAUCUCUUCCGAAAUGCUCCAGCUCCUCUCUCAAUUGCGCCAUAAGUGUGCUAUUGGAACCGUUGGUGGCUCUGAUUUUGCCAAGCAGCAAGAGCAAUUAGGCACAUCCUCGACAAAAGUUUCCUCACUUUUCGAUUUUUGCUUUGCCGAAAAUGGAUUGACUGCAAUUCGCUUGGGCAGGUCCCUCAUCAGCAACAGCUUUAUCACGUGGAUAGGGGAAGAGAAAUACCAAAAGUUGGUUAAUUUCUGCCUCAAGUACAUCGCGGAUCUGCAGCUGCCAAAGAAACGUGGUACUUUCGUCGAGUUCCGCAACGGAAUGAUUAAUGUCAGCCCCGUUGGUCGCAAUGCCAGUGUCGACGAGAGAAAUGAAUUCGAAGCCUAUGACAAACAGCACAACAUCAGAAAGGGCUUCGUAGAAGCCCUCAGGACAGAAUUUCCUAACUACGGCCUUAGUUACUCGAUUGGUGGCCAGAUCUCAUUCGACGUUUUCCCAACGGGCUGGGACAAGACCUACUGCCUGCGCCAUAUUGAAGCCGAGAAAGAUCUCUCGGGCAUUGAAUACAAGACCAUUCACUUCUUCGGUGAUAAGUCUUUCCCCGGAGGUAAUGAUUAUGAGAUCUAUAGCGAUUCUAGGACAGUUGGGCAUGCGGUCAAGGACCCUGAAGAUACUAUGAAGCAGCUGAAAGAAAUAUUCCAGCUAUAACCCUGGGAUUAAUCAGCAAGGUUAUCUCUUUUAAAUUAUUUGGCUCAAAUAGGAUUGAUACUUAUUAUGCCGUUACAGGAGGACUCGAUUAUGACGUGAGAAUGUCAGAUUAUGGCGUGAGUCACUUCUAAAUCCAGUUUCAUCUUGG